CACGACAGACUUAUUUGCAAAGAAUUUCUGGAUUGAACUCUGGGACUUGGUUUUCUGAGAUUUGAGUUUUCCAGAGAUCCUGAUUUCAGGAGUUUUGAUGGAGCCUUUGUAUACACCACCUGAGAUCAGAAAUUCUUCUAGCUAUUCAAAUCUUUUUUCAAAUUUAUUCUAGCUAUUAUGAUUAUGCAAUAAUUGCAACUAGACGUAUUUAUACGUCACCGGGAGCCAUAAACUACCAUCAUUUUAUUUUAAAUAUUUUCAUUAGAUAUCUGUAUUAUAACGGGCUAUAUAUAUAUACACAGAAAUCCAAAAGUAUCGAAAAAGGAAAAAAUUGAUCUCGUACUAAUUAUCUGAUAUUUUAGGAAGGAAAAAACCGUUAAGGGAAAAAGUUUAGCAUUAAUUCCAACUGGGGUACGGCUAGAUAUUGGUAAAGUUUCACUGAAAUCGGAGACAAAAUGUUACAUAUUUUUCUUUAAGAAAAUACCAUGAAUAGUCAUUGUAGCUCAUCAUUGUAUAUUAUCUUGACUAAAACACGACUUAGAAUUUUUUCGUAUGUAUUUAUUGUAGUCAUCUACACACGUGUUAUUUUUCUUUUUCUAUGUUAGAAUUCACUUAUUGCAUAUCAGUCUCACUGCUGAUGUCUUUAGAAUAAAGACGGAACGUCUUCAUUUUGAAAUUAAUCAUUUUAACACGAAAAAGGUGAUUUUAUUCUUAAUUUCUAUUAUAAAAUUUUUCACCUUAAACAAAAAUUCACUGAUUAAACGUUUUAUAGAGCGAUAAUGUGUGACAAUGUUAUUAUCACUCUAUAAAACGUUUAAUGAAUUUUUGUGCGUUAUAUAAUGUUUGUGUCAUAUUUUUACACUAUUUUGAGUUGAAAAGUUUUAACAAUGACGAGAGUUCAUUUUCACAAUUCUACAUAUGACAUAAAACCUGAAAGAUAUUCUAUAAAAACUCAUUUCAUCUUAAUUAGAAUGAACAUUAUAGAUUAUCACGCCAUUUGUUGACUUAUUUUAUAUGUCUCUCUCUCUGUUUGACUGUAUAGCCUUCUACAACACGUUUGUCAUCGCAUUUCGUAAGUAAAAUUGUGUCAGUCAGUCGAUUAGUGUGAAAUGAAUGUAGUGUUAAUCGUAAAAUGUAUGUUUUAUUUGAUAAAAAUUAAAUUGAUACACAGACAUACACAUGCUCAUGUAAAUACUCUAAUAUCUAAUAAAUGAUGUACGUCUCUCUCCUUCAUAUCGUUUUUCUCAUUGUCACAUAAUGUUCCUUGCUGUUUGUCAAUAGUUUUUUAUUUGAAACUAUAAUACAUCAUUUCUCAUUAUUAGAAAUCAUCCACAGUUCGAUCACAUUCAGAAAAAAUGCCUGUAUUAAAAGAUAUGAAUGUCACAUUAGAUCAAAUUGGGAAUAGUAAAACAUCAAAAAGUUCAGCAUUAAAAAAGACUGAAUGGCAUCUGGGUAUUCGUUCACAAAGUAAACCACAUGAUAUUAUGAAUGAAGUGUUUAAAGCCAUGAAAAAUUUGGGAAUGGAAUGGAAAUAUUCGAAUAAUAGUAUGUACAGUUUACGUGCUCGACGAAAAGCAGUACAUAGCGAUCGAUAUGUAAAAUUAGGUAUUCAAUUAUAUCAAGUUGAUAAUCGUAGUUAUUUAUUAGAUUUUAGAAAUUUAAAUGUUAAUGACCAAGUUAACCAUACUCUGAUUGAUCAAGCAAAUGAUAAAUCACUUACACAUCAUAAUAUUCAGUGGGAUUUUGAAAGUGAAAAUGGUGAAUCUGAAAAAUAUUUUUCAUUCGCACCGGUUUCAACCACAAUCAAUGAUAAUGAUCAACAUUCAAAUAAUGAUUCAUUAUUUAUCGAACAUGGUAUAUUAGCUUCGCCACCUUCCAUGAACGCUGUUUCUGAAGUUAUGCAAUUUUUUGAAAUGGCUGCCAGUCUUAUUCGUACAUUAGCGCCUGACUCAACCCUAAAACAACAAUCAACUCUGCCAGUGGCAACAGCUACCUCUGCAAUACCAGCAACAUGA